AUGUUGACUUCAACCGUUCCCCAUGACCCAGCUGUCGAUACUGCAACGGCCUCGCUAAUCUAUCAGACGAAGCCACUGGGCUUUGUAGCGCCAGUCCGACCCACCAAGAUCCUCACACCCGUACCCAAGAUAACUGUAGCAGCUUUCGAACUCCACACGCCCCCGGCAGGUCUUGCUGUGUCCAACAUCGCAGAGCCACUGCCUGCAAAGUCGAACUCCAGUCCAACGCCAAACCCGUCGUCAACAGAUGCCAGCACCACCUUUGCCUCGGACAACUUUAGCACAAAGAUCACAGGCAUCGUUGUCGGCGCGGUAGUACUUGUGCUUCUCGUCGGUCUCGCACUGGCAUGCUGGCGAGCGCGCCGGUCCAAAGUCCAAGACUCUGAAUCAGCACCCGCAGAUGUGGCUGCCGUGCUCGACGCAAAGCGACAGCGUGCGGAAUAUCUAGGCGUGCAGCGAUGGUCUCGCUGCGAUAUCCAGGCGAACAUGCACCGAUUUCAAGCAGUCCGGGCCAGCAUGGCUGCAAGGGGGGCCGCAAAGGAGGGUGGAGUUGUAGAGGCUGAAGGUGAGGUGUUUGAGAUGCAGGAACCGCUUGUGCAGUCCCGUCGACCUUCGGGUCUGGCGAUGCAUCCGCCGACGCCUGUGAUGUCGGAGUACAAGAAGGGUGAUGGGAAGGAUGGAGGCCGAGCUUUGUAG